AAACGUAAUUGCUGCAGCCUUGACAAUAGGGUGGAUUUCGCAUUCGACAAGGGAGAGACGAAUAAUUCUUCCCGGGCGAAGAAUACGUGUCAGAGUAACGGUGCUGAAACGAGGGCGAAAGCGAAUGCGGCCGUAUACAUGAAUACGAAUGCGGACAGUUGAUCGAGGAACGAGUGCAUUUUUCGGGCUCGGGCUUGGACUCGAUGGUUUGCCGAUGCGACGACGUCCGUUCAGAGCAACCUUGCGUUUUCUCCUCGUACCGCCGCUCCGUCGCGACUCGGCUACCUACGAUUAAGCGCACCUCAAGGUUGCGGUUACUCAAUAACGUAUCUCACGAUCUCGACGAGGCGAGGUGGUACACCGAGUUGAACCGGGAACACAGGGAGCGAAUGAUAGACGGCGGUGGACAAAUAGGUGGAUAUAACCAAGUAUUAAUUGGUGGCCCGUUACAAUAAAAGUUAUACUGGAAAACUCGAGACCAGUCGAAGAAUAGCUUGGGAAGAAAAUCUAAUAACGAUUUAUAAGCACAAUAUGAUGGCAGCUGCGGGUCAUCACAGCUAUACGUUGAGAGACAAUCAUAUUGCCGAUCUCGGAACUAGGCAAUAUAUUCGAAAUAUGGUAAAACUGAUUCCUAGCCGUAAGCGGCGUGUAUUAAAUGAACCGAUAGUUGGAGCAGCUUUGCACGAUCCUCGAAAAAUUCCACAACAGCUCGAUUGGCGCGAAGUUGGAUUUAAAACAGAGCCAGAAAAUCAACGAGAUUGCGGAAGUUGUUACGCGUACUCAAUAGCUACGAGCAUUCAAGGGCAAAUUUUUAAACAAACAGGAAUGUUGAUUCCACUGAGUGAACAGCAAUUAGUAGAUUGCAGUACAUCUACUGGAAACUUAGGUUGUUCUGGAGGAUCUCUAAGAAACACAUUGAGAUAUCUUGAAAAGGCAAAAGGUUUAAUGGCUAGGAGUCGUUAUCCAUAUAGAGCAGAACAAGGUACGUGUCGUUACAAAGAAGAAUUGAGUGUGGUUAAUAUCACUUCAUGGGCAGUUUUACCGGCACGUGACGAAAAAGCUUUGGAAGCUGCCGUGGCGACCAUAGGUCCAAUAGCUGCCUCAAUAAAUGCAAGUCCAAAAACAUUUCAACUUUAUCACAAAGGAGUCUACGAUGAUGAACUUUGUAGCUCAGACAUGGUGAAUCACGCUAUGGUGAUUGUUGGAUAUACGCCAACUGAAUGGAUCUUGAAAAACUGGUGGGGUGAUGGAUGGGGUGAAGAUGGAUACAUGCGUUUGGCUAAAAACAAAAAUCGAUGCGGUGGAAAAGAUGACAAAGGGGACGACGGAGACGACAAAGCAAAGCAUGUCCGCAAUGCGUGUUUCCCCCUACGAUAUCAGAACGAUUCGUCUUCGUCCAAUCCGCUGUAUCCCCCGCACAUGGAACAAAGUUCAGACUAUACCGAGAGCCGAUACGCGACUAAAUCAUUUUAACGAUGUAUCUUGUGUAAGUUGCUUGUGUAAUUGGAUCGGCGAAACGACCAGAUUGAUUGAAAGGUAAAGCCGUAGUGAAUUAUUAAUCAUUAGGUGGAUCGAGUAGUAAUUUUGAUUGACCGACUACUCUGCAUCGAGCCUCAAGACAAUUUUGUCAAAAGGAAACGGAAGAAGACAAGGGAGGGUAGGAAGAAUCGAAGGAAGAAAGGAAGCGUGAGAGCAAGAAACGAAAACGAAAGAAGGAGGAAAGGAAGGAAGGAUUUCAAAAUGUGGAUUUAUCAAGCGAGGAUAUUUUUUGAAAUAGAGUCAAUUUCUAGUUAGUAGAAUUACUAGCUAAUUUAAUUUCUUUCAUGCAUUCGUACUAAUAGCGAAAUAAAAA